GCUAAGUGGGCUCCCUGUCAAACAGACUGGACGAGAUUUUCUGCAAGAUUGGAAACUUGGACCUAUUACCAUUACAUCUACCUAGAAAAGCAGGCUGGUGCUACAGAAUAAGGGAAAGAAGAUGUUUUGAGAAGUUGGUGUUUCAGAGAAACUUCAAACCACUAAAGAUGGAAAACGAGACAGUCAGUGACCUGAACCAAACACAGCUUCAGCCACGAGCAGUGGUGGCCCUAGAAUACCAAGUGGUCACCAUCUUACUUGUGCUCAUUAUUUGUGGUCUGGGUAUUGUGGGCAACAUCAUGGUGGUGCUGGUGGUCAUGAGAACCAAGCACAUGAGGACCCCCACAAACUGCUACCUGGUGAGUCUGGCAGUUGCUGACCUCAUGGUCCUGGUAGCUGCAGGCCUUCCCAACAUAACAGACAGCAUCUAUGGUUCCUGGGUCUAUGGCUAUGUUGGAUGCCUCUGCAUUACUUACCUCCAGUACUUGGGAAUUAACGCGUCCUCUUGCUCAAUAACAGCCUUUACCAUUGAGAGGUACAUAGCAAUCUGUCACCCCAUCAAAGCCCAGUUACUCUGCACAUUUUCCAGAGCCAAAAAGAUCAUCAUCUUUGUAUGGGCUUUUACAUCCAUUUACUGCAUGCUGUGGUUCUUCUUGCUGGAUCUCAACAUUAGCACCUACAAAGAUGCUAUCGUAGUAUCCUGUGGCUACAAGAUCUCCAGGAAUUACUACUCACCUAUUUACCUAAUGGACUUUGGUGUCUUUUAUGUGAUGCCUAUGAUCCUGGCCACUGUCCUCUAUGGAUUCAUAGCUAGAAUCCUCUUCUUAAAUCCCAUUCCUUCAGAUCCUAAAGAAAACUCUAAAACAUGGAAAAAUGACUCAACCCAUCAGAAUAAGAAUUUGAAUGUAAAUACCUCUAAUAGAUGUUUCAGCAGCACAGUGUCUUCAAGGAAGCAGGUCACCAAGAUGCUGGCAGUGGUUGUAAUUCUGUUUGCUCUCUUAUGGAUGCCCUACAGGACUCUAGUGGUUGUCAACUCAUUUCUCUCCAGCCCUUUCCAAGAAAAUUGGUUCUUGCUCUUUUGCAGAAUUUGCAUUUAUCUCAACAGUGCCAUCAACCCAGUGAUUUACAACCUCAUGUCCCAGAAAUUCCGCGCGGCCUUCAGAAAGCUCUGCAACUGCAAACAAAAGCCAUCAGAGAAACCUGCUAACUACAGUGUGGCUCUAAGUUACAGCGUCAUCAAGGAGUCAGACCAUUUCAGCACAGAGCUUGAUGAUAUCACCGUCACUGACACUUACUUGUCUGCCACAAAAGUGUCUUUUGAUGAUACCUGCUUGGCUUCUGAGGUAACCCUGAGUCAAAGUUGA